GCAUGCGUAGGAUGAGGUCUAGGUCAAAUAAUGUGUGUUUCUUGUCCCAUUUUGUGCCACAUUUGCUAGCAAAAAUGGAAGCUUUUGGGUGCUGAAAACGUGUGUUAUUUAUACAAGAUUGGAUUGUAAAACUUAUGAAAAGAUGGACCUUAAUCCAAUAACCCAGAAGGCGAUUGUGCAAGUUAUUGGUACAGACUGUUUCAACAAUAUAGAGUUCUCGGAAAAUAUCCGUAUCAGCACAAAAUUCACACUGCUGGUUGAUUCACUCACAGAAUAUGAGUAUGCUUUUGAGCAUACUAUUGAAAGGUCGGAUGAAUGUCUGUUCAAGAAAUGUCAUCAGGAAGCCCAGACAGAUACAGUGGAACUUGUUAACAAGGAAACACAAGUAGAAGAAGGCGAGUUACCACCAGUGCCUAAAGUUGAAAAAGAGGGAUUUGUUGAGGUGAAGAUUGAGUGUGGUGAGGAUGAUGAGGUGGAGGUAUCAGCUGGGGAGGAUGUGGAGGAGGUUACCAAGGUGAUGCCACAGUCUCCUGCCUCUCCCUCCCCAGAACCACAGAGACGGCUUCGCAGUAACAAACCCGAGGAUGUCUCCUGUCCACUGUGUCCAGCUAAAUUCACUGAACAAGACAGUGCCGAACAGCAUCUGAAGAUAACGCAUGAUAUCGGAAAUUUUUAUGUCUGCUCUAUAUGUCAGCAUAUCUGCAAUUCCAAAACGGCGUUAAUUGAGCACAUUAAGGAUAUUCAUCAGGAUAACAUACAACAAGAGGCUCUUACAAGAAAAAGAGGUCGGCCAAGAAAAACAGAGCCCAAAAGACUGUCAGAGGUAUCUGAUGAGGAUGAAGUGAAAGAGAAAAAGUCAACACCAGCCGUGAAGAAAGUUAACAAGGCGACAAAGAAGAAAACAAAAACAAAGCUGAAGAUCAAGAAGGUAAAGAAGCCGAAAAAGAUUGAAAAAGUCGAAGAAGAAUACGAUGCAGAUACAGACAUUGAAGGGGAAGAAAAGGAAACAAAGGCGACUCCUCAGAGGAAACCAAUAGCUGACUCAAGUUAUGUUCCAAAGGAUGGAAACACAUGUAAAUGUAUAGAAUGUGGGAAAGAAUACAAGUCUAGACGUGCUUUAAGACGCCAUUAUGCCAGUCAUCAUGAAAAGGGUGGGCAGGAUUAUCAGUGUGAGAUUUGUGGGAAGUCUUUCACAAGUAAAGAUUCGUUGUAUCAUCAUAGACGAGGUGUUCACCAGAAUCUUAAAGUUUAUAAAUGCCCUGAGCCAGGUUGCGAAGCCACUUUUAAUUUCAACCAUAGUUUACGUCUGCACAAGUUAAAGCAUACAGGAACUCGCCCACAUAUGUGUAGCCAGUGCGGGAAGACUUACCUUACAGCGUAUCAUCUGAAAGUUCAUGUCAUGGCUACACAUUCCGCAAAGAGUUUCUCUUGUGCCGUGUGUGGAAAAAUGUUUUCAUACUCGACAAGCCUGAAAAUGCAUGAAGCUACUCAUCAGAAACAGCAGAGGGUUAACUGCGAUCAGUGUGCAAAAUCAUUUGUAAAUGUACAAGCCUUAAAGUAUCAUAUCAUGUCAAAACAUACAGAACCUGGUAAUUAUACUUGUGACGAAUGUGGAAAAAUCUGUAAGACAGAGUUUUUACUGAGGGCUCACAGGAAACGUCAUUCAUUAGAUGGAUCCAGAUUCAUGUGCGAUGUCUGUGGCCGUCAGUUCAUGUACAAAUCGGCGCUCGAAAUGCACAGGGCAAUUCAUAGAGAUGAUAAGCAAUACACAUGUAAGGUGUGUAAUAAAUCGUUUAAGACGUACCCUACACUUUACAGCCACCAGUAUGUUCACAAAGAGGACUCACCGUACUGUUGUUCUCAGUGCGGAAAAGCUUUUAAAACUAAAGAGAGAUGCAAAGCUCAUGAGAAACGCCAUUCUGGACUCAAACCAUUUGAAUGCAGUAUUUGUCAUCACUGCUUUCCAGAUAAUGGAGGUCUGUCUAAACACAUGCGUACUGUACACUGCAGUGUUAAGAAAUUUGUUUGCGAUAUAUGUGGCAAGGCAACAUCGCGUGCUGAUAAUUUACGCGUCCAUAUGAAAGUUCAUGCCAAAGGGGAACCAGGGACCAUUAAACAGUACAAAAGAAAUGAAACUAAAGCAGCAAGAAAUGCUUACAAUUUACCAUCCAUGGUUCCGCUUACUUUUGAACAUGAUGAGGCUUACCCUGCUACAAAGAAAGCAAAACUUGAAUAUUUCCAGGAAAAUUCCAGCGAGUCGUCAAUAAAUCCUAGUCCAGUGCCGCAUACAACUAGAGAGGAGUACCCAGCACAUGAUGUUUAUCAACCAAAUAUACCUAAUUUCUCAACACUUGACACAUCCCAGCUCUCAUCUCAUUCAGAAGAUCAAAUUUUACCAUUGAAUCUACAUAACCAAAGUGCCCCUUCGCAGCCGCCUAGUUCUAAUGCGUAUCAGCUUACACAAAUGAAUAGUCAUAAUAACACGGCGGUUAGCCCGCCUCUAGAAAACCAAGUGCGGAACACAAGUGCGCCGUCAUCUACCCCGACAUCAUCAUCUGGUAGUAACAUUACGGUGACAACUCUUCAGUCGCCACAUUUACAUCCAAUGUAUACAUGGCCUUAUGUUUACCCAGGACUUCCCCCGCAAGGCAGUGGAGGGAGUAAUGGAUACUUCCAGCAGUAAACUACUGCAACCGCUUCAUAUAAAAAUUAAAAUGCAGUUGUAAAUAUUGUGUAUGAGAAAUGACUGUUAAUGGAUGUUUUGUCGGCCACUGAAAUUUUGAGACGUGUUACAGCAUCUCUCUGUUUUAUACUGUGUCAGCACUUCCUGCAAGCCCGUCACUUCAUUUCAUCAUCUUCAUAAAGCCUUUACAGAAUGAUAUGGGACAAAGAUUUCAAGUUCUGACUGGUGAUCAAACUGAAUGUUGUUGGCAAUAAUGUUGAUUUCUAUUAUACUUUUUUGCUUAAGUACUUUAGUGUAUUAAUUUUUUUCUUUGAGAAAGUUGCUUUCCUUUUCUGUGCCUAAUUUUGAUAAAUGUGUUAGGUAUUAAGGUAGUGGACCCACAACGACAAUCAGCAAAAUACAUAAUAUUCUACGUAUGCAAUUCCGGCAUUUUCCAGUUUUUACAGAAAGUUCUGGGCAGGUUUAGCUACUUUAUGAACAAAGCAUGCCAAAUUGCUUAACAUGUAUAGGUUUUUGCACUAACAUUGCAGAAUUUCAUUAUGGGUCCACUAUGUUAAUACUAUUUGUUAUACAGACUUACUCGUCUAUAAAUUAACUUACAGUUACACUCUGGUUUACGAAUAUUUUUGUUUAUUGUUUAUAUGAUUGUUAUGCUCAUAAUUAAUGCAUUGCCAUCAGAAGUAAUGUCAAUCAAAUAAUUCCAAAGUCUAUUUUACUUGCUGUAUUGAAAAAUUAACAAAAUACAAGAAAACUACCUGCUAAGUUUGAGCUGCAGCAUGCAUCUCAUUGUUUGUUUACAUCUACAGACAUCAUAUUCAGUACUUUAAAGCAUUUCAGUGAUAGGAAAACAGUGUGCAGUCAGUUAUAUGCAAAAAGGAAAGCAUAUUGUGCCAUUUAUUCUUUAAAGAAAUUUACACAAAAAUUAAGUGUUUUGAUGAAGCUGUACUGAAGUUACAGAAAAAGAGCAUAGAUUUCCUGGGGAAAAAAAGAAGUAUUUUUACAUGCAGAUAAUUUUCUGUUGCUAUAGCUUUAAAAACUUAUUAUUGUGAAGUUCAAGAAAAGUAUUUUUAUCUAACCUUUACCCUGCUAAAUUUCUAUAAUGAACUUCUCCAUCUUUCAGUUUGGACAGUACCAUUAACUGUUAAAAGGGGUACUUAAGAUACUGGCUGAAUGGUGAACAGUGCAGAUCUUGAUCAGAGUGAAUGGGUGUGCAGGCUGAUGGUGAUCUACACAGGUCGUAAAGGCUGAAUCAGUCGUGUCCACCAUGAUAAGGGCUAAUCUAGAUAGCAUUAAAUUCUGUUCUAUAGAGUUAUCAAUAUGACAGAUUGUUGAUUAUUUUGAAAUAUUAUUUAAGAAAUGUAUAUAGUACUCUGUAUUUUGUUGAAUUGUUGAUUUAGCUAUUUUUUUGAAGCAUUGCAAUUUUAUCUUGUUAUAAUAUACUUAUGAUUGUAUCCCCAUACAAUAAUUUAUAUACACAUGUAACUUGAAUCUUACCAACUUUUAUUUGUUUUGAAAUAUUCUUUAAGUAUAAAUAAUUUUAGGUCAUCUGAGCCUUGAGAUCAAGAUGACUACAUAGUAAAGGUGGAUUGUCUAGCUUUACUUGUCCAUCAUUUUACAGUAUUGCUUAUACAUGUGGUCAGAAUAAUACUGAACUUUAUCUGUAGCAUCCUGCCAUGAAACUGUAAUCAAGUCAGCAUGACUGUUUUAAGGGGCUGCAAGAGCAUUCUCAAUUUACCUGACUUAAGGUAGUUCUUCACGUUUAAUAAACAGGAAGUAAUGGUGUAACGUCAUUUUUCUGGAUGAUAUAGCACAAACCCUUGAUCCGGCAUUCAGAAAGGAAUGUAUUCAUCUCGUGCAUUCAUUUAUGAUAACGGCAACAUUACUUUCUUUCUAAAAAUAUUAAAUUUCAACAAAAUAUUGACAAUAGAAGCAAGAAAGGGGUGAUUAAAACUAGUUAUUUGUUUUUAUGCCUCCGAAGGGAGGCAUAUAUAGUUUUUGAACUGUCUGUCCGUCUGUCGGUCUGUCCGCAAUUUUCGUGUCCGGUCCAUAUCUUUGUCAUCCAUGGAUGGAUUUUCAAAUAACUUGGCAUGAAUGUGUACCACAGUAAGACGACGUGUCGCGUGCAAGACCCAGGUCCGUAGCUCAAAGGUCAAGGUCACACUUAGACGUUAAAGGUCAUUUUUCAUGAUAGUGCAUUGAUGGGCAUGUCCGGUCCAUAUCUUUGUCAUCCAUGGAUGGAUUUUCAAGUAACUAUGCAUAAAUGUGUGGCACAGUAAGACGAUGUGCCGCGCGCAAGACCCAGGUCUGUAGCUCAAAGGUCAAGGUCACACUUAGACGUUAAAGGUCAUAUUUCAUGAUAGUGCAAUGAUGGGCAUGUCCAGUCCAUAUCUUUGUCAUUCAUGCAUGGAUUUUAAAAUAACUACACAUAAAUGUGUGGCACAGUAAGACAUUUCGCGCGCAAGACCCAGGUCUGUAGGUCAAAGGUCCUAAACUCUAACAUCGGCCAUGGGGCCUCCGUGGCCAAGUGGUUAAGGUCGCUGACUUCAAAUCACUUGCCCCUCAUCGAUGUGGGUUCGAGCCUCACUAGGGGCUUUGAAUUCUUCAUGUGAGGAAGCCAUCCAGCUGGCUUGCGGAAGGUUGGUGGUUCUACCCAGGUACCCGCUCGUGAUGAAUUAACGCACGGAGGGGCACCUGGGGUCUUCCUCCACCAUCAAAGCUGGAAAGUCGCCAUAUGACCUAUAAUUGUGUCGGUGCGACGUUAAACCCAACCAACCAACCAACUAACAUUGGCCAUAACUAUUCAUUCAAAGUGCCAUCGGGGGCAUGUGUCAUCCUAUGGAGACAGCUCUUGUUUUUAGCUCACCUGUCACAAAGUGACAAGGUGAGCUUUUGUGAUCGAGCGGCGUCCCGCGUCCGUCCAUGCGUCCGUAAACUUUUGCUUGUUACCACUCUAGAGGUAACAUUUUUUGUGGGAUCUUUAUGACAGUUGGUUAGAAUGUUCAUCUUGAUGAUAUCUAGGUCAAGUUCGAAACUGGGUCACGAGCCAUUAGGUCAGUAGGUCUAAAAAUAGAAAAACCUUGUGACCUCUCUAGAAGCCAUAUAUUUCACAAGAUCUUCAUGAAAAUUGGUCAGAAUGUUCACCUUGAUGAUAUCUAGGUCAAGCUCGAAACUGGGUCACAUGCCAUCAAAAACAAGGUCAGUAGGUCUAAAAAUAGAAAAACCUUGUGACCUCUCUAGAGGCCAUAUAUUUCACAAGAUCUUCAUGAAAAUUGGUCAGAAUGUUCACCUUGAUGAUAUCUAGGUCAAGUUUGAAACUGGGUUACGUGCCAUCAAAAACUAGGUCAGUAGGUCAAAUAAUAGAAAAACCUUGUGACCUCUCUAAAGGCCUUAUUUUCGUCGGAUCUGUAUGAAAGUUGGUCUGAAUGUUCACCUUGAUGAUAUCUAGGUCCAGUUCGAAACUGGGUUACGUGCGGUUAAAAACUAGGUCAGUAGGUCUAAUAAUAGAAAAACCUUGUGACCUCUCUAGAGGCCAUAUUUUUCAUGGGAUCUGUAUGAAAGUUGGUCUGAAUGUUCAUCUUGAUGAUAUCUAAGUCAAGUUCGAAAGUGGGUCACGUGCCUUCAAAAACUAGGUCAGUAGGUCAAAUAAUAGAAAGACCUUGUGACCUCUCUAAAGGCCAUAUUUUUCAUGGGAUCUGUAUGAAAGUUGGUCUGAAUGUUCAUCUUGAGGAUAUCUAGGUCAAGUUCGAAACAGGGUCAUGUGCGGUCAAAAACUAGGUCAGUAGGUCUAAAAAUAGAAAAACCUUGUGACCUCUCUAGAGGCCAUACUUGUGAAUGGAUCUCCAUAAAAAUUGGUCAGAAUGUUCAUCUUGAUGAUGGCUAGGUCAAGUUCGAAAGUGGGUCACGUGCCUUCAAAAAGUAGGUCAGUAGGUAUAAAAAUAGAAAGACCUUGUGACCUCUCUAGAGGCCAUAUUUUUCAUGAGAUCUUCAUGAAAAUUAGUGAGAAUGUUCACCUUGAUGAUAUCUAGUUAAAGUUUAAAACAGGGUCACGUACCUUUGAAAACUAGGUCAAUAGGUCAGAUAAUAGAAAAACCUUGUGACCUCUCUAGAGACCAUAUUUUUCAAUGGAUCUUCAUGAAAAUUGGUCAGAAUUUUCAUCUUGAUAAUAUCUAGGUCAAGUUCAAAACUGGGUCA